AGACUAUGUAGUCAUGUCUGUUUACUUCAACCUGAGCAGGAGAAUGGGUUAUUUCACUAUUCAGACCUACAUUCCCUGCACACUUAUUGUUGUGUUAUCCUGGGUCUCUUUCUGGAUUAAUAAGGAUGCAGUUCCAGCCAGAACAUCACUAGGUAUAACAACUGUCCUGACAAUGACCACGCUAAGUACAAUUGCUCGUAAAUCUCUUCCCAAAGUCUCCUAUGUGACAGCAAUGGAUCUUUUUGUGUCAGUCUGCUUUAUUUUUGUUUUCUCUGCACUGGUGGAAUAUGGAACUUUGCACUACUUUGUCAGCAACAGAAAGCCAAGCAAGGAUAAAGACAAAAAGAAGAAAAACCCACUUCUUCGGAUGUUUUCCUUCAAGGCACCUACAAUUGACAUCCGGCCUCGAUCAGCUACUAUUCAAAUGAACAAUGCCACACACCUCCAAGAAAGGGAUGAAGAAUAUGGGUAUGAGUGUCUUGAUGGCAAGGACUGUGCCAGUUUUUUUUGCUGCUUUGAGGAUUGUCGAACAGGAGCAUGGAGGCACGGAAGAAUACACAUCCGCAUUGCCAAAAUGGACUCCUAUGCCCGCAUCUUCUUCCCAACUGCCUUCUGCUUGUUUAACCUUGUGUAUUGGGUAUCAUAUCUUUACCUUUAAAAGCAGAAGGAAAUCAGUGAUAUGAGCCUUACUCACUGAAUUUCUUAGAGAGAUGGUUUCCUAAAUCCACUUGAAGUAUUUAUGAUGCGCUUUAUAGUGGUCUGAAUUCUUUAGUGCCAUAACCCAGCAAAUAUCAAUCAUAUCAUUUGUCCAAAAACUGCCACCAGGUUAUUGUGAAUUAAAUGUCCAUUCAAUAUGCUGAAAGAAUUCAAAAUAAAAAUAAUAUAAACAAGUAGUACACAGCUAUACCUGCUGGAAGAGAGAGAAACCGAGCUGACAGGGCAAGGAGAGCAUGGCAACAUCACUUAAUAGUUGAUACUCCUAUUUCAGUCAGAAGUGAGAGAGAGGAGAAUUCCCAGGUAAAGUGCUGUACAGUUUGUUAACACUGGCUAUAAUUAUGCUAUAGCUUGAUUCUCUGUGGGCUUUUCUUUUUGGAAGAGUCAUCUCUCACUCUGAAU